AUGUCAGAAUUUAUACCGAAAUUUGAAAGGUAUUUAUAUGAUCGAGUUCUCGGUCCGAAAGCAUUACCAACAUCAGGUGCGAUUGCUGUGCGCAAUGAAAAAGGUGAAUUAACGAUGAAAAAAGUAAAGGUCUCUCGUUAUGUUGCUGGCAAAAUGAGUAGUCGAGUUCCAGAAGAGCCAGAAGUAGUUCGAAGACGGGGAGAGAUUGUUGACGAUGCUGAAUCUGAAAAUGAAGAAGAACAAGAAAUGAGGAAAAUACGCGCACGCAUGCGAAGGAUGCAACAUGAAAUUGCAAAGUGCAAAACUAUCGUUUAUCAGAUUGAACAGGAGGGCGAAAAUGAACGGAGGAGAGCAUUAUUACGUGAGAAAGCUCUAAUUCGAGAACAAGAAGAAGCGAUCAAGCAAGAAGAAAUUUUAGAAGAAGAAGAAAGUGAGGAAGAGUCAAGCGAAGAAGAAAGCGAUGAAAGUGAGGAGGACAUAAUGCCUAGAAUGAAACCUGUUUUCAUCGAAAAAACUAAACGUUUGACAAAAAUUGAAGAGGACAAGGAAAAAGAAAGAGCUCGAAAACUAUUGGCCGAAGAAAACGAAAAAAAAGAGAGAAGAAAGAAGGAAACUCUGAAGCUUGUCGAAGAAGUGUUACGACAUGAAAUUGAAAUGGAAAAACGUAAAAAGGAUAAUAACAUCGAUUUAUCUGCAGUUCUUACUGACGAUGAAAAUGAAGAAAUUGCAUAUGAAAGUUGGAAAUUACGUGAAAUGAAACGAUUGAAAAGGAAUAGAGAUGAGCGUGAUGCAUUAACACGCGAAAAAUCAGAGUUAGAUCGUAUUCACGCGAUGACUGAAGAUGAACGUAAACAGUACUUGAGAGCGAAUCCUAAAUUUAUCACCAAUAUGCAAAAAAAGGGAAAAUACAAAUUCCUGCAAAAAUAUUUCCAUCGCGGUGCCUUUUUCUUGGAUAUCGAAGAGGACGUUUAUAAACGCGAUUUCGCUGAACCUACUCUUGACGACCAAUUUGACAAAUCAGUUUUACCGAAAGUUAUGCAGGUGAAAAAUUUUGGAAAAGCGAGUCGCUCGAAGUGGACGCACUUAACUGCAGAAGAUACCACGGAUCAUCAAGGAUCAUGGGCAGCGACCACAGCUCUUAGUAGUAAAUUUCUUACGAAACAUGCUGGCGGUAUGAAAAAUAACUUUGAGAGGCCUGCAGCAAAGAAAAGGAAAACUGAAUAA